UCUCCCAAACCCUUCUUACAAUGUUGUUCGACUUUUUCUCCCAAUCUCUUUUAUUUUUAAAGGUAAUUCCAAAUUUAAUGGGUAUUUGUUUAUUUUCUCCUCGACUAGACAGAAUGGGAAAUACAACUAGAGGUGUUCUAUUUUGUCAAAAAUUGGUUGAUAUUUUUAAUUUUCACAAUUAUGACUCGUUAUUGCAUGCUGAUUCAAAGAAAAUUGAUCCUAGAAGGAGAAUUGGAAAUAAGGAAACUGACCUGGUUGUAAAUUUAUUAUUUGCUUGUAAAAAUGGCGACUUGGAGACUGUUAGAAAACUUCACCUUCAAGGAAUGAAUUUAAAUAUUGUUGAUUAUGAUGGUCGUACAGCCCUCCAUUUAGCUGCUUCUGAAGGACAAACAGUUAUUUUAAGAUUUCUUUUACAAAUUGCAAAAGUUGACCAAACUAUUCGUGAUCGUUGGGGACGGACAGCUUUGGAUGAUGCUAGAACAUUUCAUCGAACAGCUUGUAUGGCUCUUUUACUGAAAGCAGCACAGAGGAAACAACAAAAAACACAACAAUCAAAAAAUACUACUAAAGGUUUGACUGUAUUAGCGGCAAAUAACAAUAAUAAUAAUGCUGGACAUUUACCAAUAACAACAAAUACAUCAACAACAAUAGAAAGUAGUGGAGGUGAAGAAGAAGGAGAAUUGGAGGAAGACGAGGAUGAAGAAUUGUUAAGGUCAGAAGAAGGAGGAAGUAUGUGGGAUGAUGAUCAACCUUUAUCUACUACAAAUAAUAAACAUCAUAAAGGAGGAGGAAUUGUUAGUGGAAGAAGUUCAAAAGCAGCAGCUACAGCAAAAUGGAUGAUUGAACAUUGUGUUGAUAGACUUUCUUUGGGAGGUAAUGAUGAGGCUAUGGAAAAUGGAGAAAAGAGUCGUCGUUUGGACAAUAAUAAAAAUGGUGGGGGUCAUCAACAUAAACAAGCAGCAAUUAUUGCUAGCAGUAAAUUUCAUACAAGUACGGGAGACUAA